CUUUCCACCAAAUCUUCUCCUCCUCCGCAGCAGCAGCAGCAGCAGAAGCGGCGGCGGCGUUCGCUUCGCUUGUGCAGCAGACUCUCCCACUCCCUGAAGCCGCGUGUGGCGGAACCGAAGCCCUAGCUCUCUCUCUGUCUAGCGAAAUGAACUGCUCAAUAUCCGGCGAGGUGCCGGAGGAGCCGGUCGUCUCGACGAAGUCCGGCCACGUCUUCGAGAAGCGCCUCAUCGAGCAAUACGUCUUGGAUUUUGGAAAGUGCCCAGUCACCGGGGAACAACUUACCAUGGAUGAUAUCCUUCCUGUGAAAAUGGGAAAGAUCGUCAAGCCCAGACCCUUGCAGGCUGCCAGCAUACCUGGGUUGCUCAGCAUUUUCCAAAAUGAAUGGGACAGCUUGAUGCUUUCCAACUUUGCACUGGAACAACAACUGCACACAGCUAGGCAAGAGCUAAGUCAUGCAUUGUACCAGCAUGAUGCUGCUUGCCGUGUUAUCGCAAGACUUAAAAAGGAAAGGGAUGAAGCCCGAUCAUUACUUGCACAGGCUGAAAGACAGAUACCCAUGGCAGCAUCUUCUGAUAUUGCAGUGAAUGCUCCUGCCUUGAGCAAUGGGAGAAAAGCUUCUCUAGAUGAAGAGCCAGGCUAUGCUGGGAUGAAAAUGCGACCCGGUAUUUCUGCAAGCAUCAUUGCUGAGAUAACGGAUUGUAACUUAGCACUUUCUCAACAGCGGAAAAAGCGACAGAUUCCCUCUACACUGGCUCCUGUCGAGGAUGUGGAGAGGUACACUCAACUGUCUAGUUAUCCGCUGCACAAAACUGGCAAACCAGGCAUUACAUCUCUUGAUAUUUGUCAUUCCAAGGAUAUCAUUGCAACUGGUGGGAUCGACACAUCUGCUGUACUUUUUGAUCGAUCAUCUGGACAGAUCAUGUCUACACUAUCAGGGCACUCAAAGAAGGUUAAUAGUGUAAAAUUUGAUGUCCAAGGUGAUUUGGUUUUAACUGGUUCUGCAGAUAAGACUGUGCGGGUGUGGCAAGGUUCUGAAGAUGGGAGCUAUAACUGUCGGCAUGUAUUGAAAGAUCAUACUGCUGAGGUGCAAGCAAUCACAGUUCAUGCCACAAAUAACUACUUCGCAACAGCAUCUCUCGAUAAUACAUGGUGCUUUUAUGAGUUUUCAACUGGUUUAUGUCUUACUCAGGUUGAAGGCGCUUCAGGAUCUGAGGGUUAUACAUCUGCAGCUUUUCAUCCCGAUGGUCUUAUCCUUGGUACUGGCACCUCAAAUGCCGACGUUAAAAUAUGGGAUGUAAAAACACAGGCAAAUGUAACGACAUUUUCUGGGCAUACCGGGGCAAUUACUGCUAUAUCUUUCUCUGAGAAUGGAUACUUCCUUGCGACUGCAGCUCAGGAUGGGGUUAAGCUGUGGGAUCUGCGGAAGUUGAAGAACUUUCGCACAUUUUCAGCAUAUGACAAAGACACGGGGACAAAUUCUGUUGAAUUUGAUCAUAGUGGAUGCUAUCUUGGACUUUCCGGCUCAGAUAUAAGAGUAUAUCAAGUUGCCAGUGUAAAAUCAGAGUGGAAUUGUAUCAAGACUUUCCCUGAUCUAUCUGGGACAGGUAAAGUGACCUCCGUUAAGUUUGGUCCGGAUUCAAAAUACAUUGCCGUCGGAUCGAUGGAUCACAAUUUGCGAAUCUUUGGCUUGCCUUCGGAGGACAGUGCUAUGGAAUCAUGAAGUGUUGGGAUCGCAUCGAGCGGGUAGUAUCAGCUUUUGUGAGAGACAGCAAAGUAGAGUUUGAGUUUCAUUAUGCUUUACCGGAAAACUCGCGCAAUUAGCUUUGUGCUAGCUGAAUCAGAGUCUGAACCAUCUUGUACUGCUGCAGUGAACAUUCAGCGGCCCUUUGUCUAAUGUGAUUACAAUUCUUUGUUUUUUCUUUUCGAAUUUUGCCCUUCCUGAACACUAAGUCGUGUAUACUAUUGCUGUACAAGAUUUCGUGAAUGACCCAUCCUCUGUUCGGGCUGC